AUGAAAGACGACCAGCCAAAACCCUUUCACCACCACCGCCCUAUACGAAGCCUCCAAAAACGCAACCCCAACUCCGUUAUCGUUUACUUCUUCCCAACGCCCAUUCAUUGGUUAAGUCCUAAAUACAUUCCACCGCUUACUGCUUCGUCUUCUACCUCAAUCAAUUUGAGAGCCACCGGUGUCGUAGAAAGAGAAUCCUUCACCGCCGAUGUCAUCAAAAUCAGAGUCGCCGGUGUUGUAGAAAGAGAAUUCACCACCGCCAGAUCGCCACCUCUAAAGGUCACUGGAAAAGCACUCAUGGUCGAUAAAAUCAUCAAUUACGUUAUGUCGCUACAAGCUCAACUUGAGGUUGUAAAGGUGGCGGAUUUUGGGGUUGCCCGGUUUCUGAGUCAAGGGGGAGUUAUGACAGCAGAGACUGGAACAUACAGAUGGAUGGCUCCUGAGGUUAUAAAUCAUCAACAAUAUGAUGAAAAGGUGGAUGUUUUAAGUUUUGUGAUUUUUUUAUGGGAGCUUGUGACAGCCAAGGUUCCUUAUGUGAAGAUGACACCAUUGCAAGCAGCCUUGGGAGUACGACAGAAGAGGAUGCUGAGACGCUCUUAUCACCAUUGUUCAUCUCCAAAAGAUGGGGAUAGGAGUGAUAGAGACAAACAAAGGGGUACCCGUGAAACAAGAUACAGAGAUAGGGAUAAAGAUAGGAGCAGGGAGGACAGAAAUGGAAAGGGUAGAGAUAAAGAUAGAGAAAGAGAAAGAGAAAGAGACAGAGGUGGUGACAGGGAUAGGGAGAGGGACAGAGUGAGGGUAAAAAGGGAACAUGGACGUGAACCUCAGAAAGAAAGGGAAGAUAGAGAUCAAGAGAAAGAGAAAGAACAUGAAAGACCACAUCGAAGUGGAAGCAAGAUCAGAAAGACAUGGGAGUGA